AUGAAACACAAAGGUUUUCCGUUGAUGGCAAAUGCAAUUAUAUUUACACAUAUCUUUACUAUGUUCAGUAAUUUACAAUAUUUAAAUUUUUGCCCAUCUUCGCUUGAUCAACAACAAUUAUCAUUUCGUACUCCACCUCUAACUGCUAUCUCUACAAAUUUGUUAAAAUUAUAUGUCUAUUUGGAUGUUUUUAUUGAUUGUCUUUAUUUACUUGAUGGUCGUUUCAAUCAACUUCAUACACUUUAUGCUAAUGUUUUCGCUAUUGUCUCUUCGAGUCUAUGA